UUUGUGUUUCUUGCGAAGAUAAUUUAGAAGUAAAAUGUACUUAUUCAUUAUUUUGGCUGCUUUGUGUUCGGCAUCGUUCGCGGUGCAAGAAAUACAAAAUGGCGCUGUGGGUGACGAGGUAUGCAAGGAGUACAACACGUAUUAUAAGAUACAGGGCAGCUGCGACUCCUACGUAGAGUGUAACGCGUACAAGGCGACGUACAAGACGUGUCCCGACGGGCUGUACUUCAUGCGCGACGUGCAGUGGCCAACCUACCCGUGCGCGUAUCCCUCGGACGCCCAGUGCGAAUACAACGACCAACCUCAGCGAGCCGUGUCAUCAGCGGAGUGCAAGACCCAGUAUGGAUUCUUUGCGUCGCCGUUAGCGACCCGCUCCGACUGCGGCAAGUACCGCAUGUGCGUGGAGGGCAAGGCCUUCGAGAUGGA